GGCAUUUUCUGCAUGGAAAGAAGAAACACUUAAGAGAGAGUACAAAAGAGAGAAAUGACAGGCAGGGCUCUCACCCUCUUCUCAGUGUUUGAAAUUUCAGAUGGACCCUGACCUGGAGUCUGCCCCACCACCCCGACACACACUGCCUCCUCAGCAAGGCGGAGCAUCAUUCCCACAAGCGCCUCACCCACAGAGAAGGGGAGAAGUUGAGACGAAGGAAAAAACUGAGCCUCUGGAAUCUCCCCCAGCCUACCAGCUGCCUCCAGCAUCAGCACCUCCCCUCGCUUCUCCAUCACACAUGAGAUCCGGUCUUACAUAUGGCGAUGGAAAAGAUACUCUCCUGGACCUGACCACGUGCUCACCAGUGGGUCCACAAGGCUGUAACCUAAAGUCUGAAGUUCUUCAUCUUCCAAUGAUGGAAGUGGCUGGAGCUGAUGGCGUGCUUUUAGUCCACAGACCCUGGAUGACAGCUGAUAUCAAGGAAAGCAUGGCUUCUCUUCCCAAUGUGAGAGAGGUAGGAGGAAAGAGAUUUGGUAACAAACUGUUGAUAUUUUGCAGAAAAUUCCGACCGACCACCCAUGAACUUCGCUGCCUAAUCAUGACCAAGAUGGGUAUAGAUUGGAACAAAGUUUCCAAAGAGUGGCUGGAAGCUGACCAGCGAAUGACUACACCAGACUGGAGCGCGGCUGGCAAUAAUGAGUAUAGAGAUACCAUCACUGCUCUCUGUGCUCGUCUGGACAGUGCUUUUCCUUUGAACAUAGACAUGACUAAGAUCAGUAUGUGUAAGCAAGAAGAUGGAGAAGGUGUGUCAGCGUUUCUCGCCUGUCUCACCGCCACGCACGAGAAACACAGUGGCCUGACCAGGCCCGUGAACCUGGCUGCAGUGGAGGGCACUCCUGAGUCUCACCAAGAUCGAGCAGUAAGCUGUGCAUGCAGAAAAGCUGCUGAAAGAGAAGGAGAAGACAAAGUCGACACAAAGAGACCAAGAUCUACACGCCGCCACUCUCACUCUUUCCAGACUGUUCAGCCUGGAGAAAAAGGAACAAGAGGAGGAAGAGGUCAAAGUAGGGGCCGAGACAGGACAACCUGGAGUGACUCGUCCUGGAUAAAAGGUGCAACCUGCUACAACUGCAAUCAAAAGGGACACAUUGCUCGAAAUUGUCUCCACAGUAACAGGCAGAAGCCCUGUGAGGAGUACAGCAAAGCAGACUGAUGGGCGGACUCCAGGAACGGGCCCCACACAGAGAACAGGGGAGGUAACACACACUCACCUGAGGAUACACAUACACAUAGACAGGAGCAUUCACAUAAUGUUAAACACAUUAGUAGCAGCACCUGCAUGCAACAGCAAGACUACACAGAAAUGCCCGAUACACCAGUCCAAAUAAAUACACCUGAAGUUGCAUUAAGUUUGUUAAAAUACACAACUACUCCUUUUUCUAAACUCCCUUGUAUGCCCCUCACUGUGUGUGGGCAUGUGUUAACCUUUUAGUAGAUUCUGGAGCAGCACACUCAGUGAUACAACAUGGGGUACUUCCAGUAGACCCACCGCUCAGCUCAAAUUCUAUUCAGACGAUGGGCAUCUCAGGACGACUUAUAACCGAAACUUUCUCAGUCAACCUCCCGUGUGAAAGCGAGGGAGGAAUAGUUACGUCCCACUCAUUCCUCAUCUCACAUACAUGUCCAGUAAAUUUGUUAGCACAUGAUUUAAUGUGCAAAUUAGAAGUAAAUCUCACAUCCACUCCAGAUGGACUAACAAUUGAAGUAAGUGAAAUGUGCGGUGUGCAGUAUGGGUUUGGAAGCCCUCUGUAUGUGUAUGUCUGGCAGCUCUGCUCAGAUCAGCUCGCACAAACUCCAAAACACCUUGUACAGCUCGCACACUUGAACACCUCAUCAGUUGACACAGAUUAUAUGAAAGAGGAAGAUUUGCAUUGUACAGCACAUGUUCACCAAGGGCAAGAUGUAGAGUUUGAAAAGACUUGGUUUGCAGACCCCCAUGCACGUGAAAGAUUGACCCUCAAAACUAUAUAUUGGUCUAAACAUUAUUGCGCUGUGCAGGUCCAUUUUACUCGUUGUCCAAACAGCUGCAUCAAUGUUCAUCGCAGUGUUCUCAAACAUGUUAUACGCGGCCUCGUGUCAGAGGACUUUGAGGUCAGCUGCUGCCAACAUGAUUUCUUUGACAUCGUUAAUUCUAUACCCCAUGUCUCAUUACCAAGGCCACGAGCCGCCCAUUGGAAAGACGUGGGGAAGUGGGUCAGGAAGUGUGCAGUCGAUGGCAAUGAAUGGUCCCAAACAGAGGACCCUAGUGUGUUGUUUUGUCAAAGGCUUGGGGUCUACAAACAGUCAUGCUAUGUGUGUGCAUGUUAAGCGCAGCGUAAUACUAGCCACUGAUGACCAGGGUCCUGGGGACCCCAGCCAUAGUGGCCUGUUUGUCUCUGUUUCCACAGGCAUAACUCCAGCAGAGGUGCACCCCAAAUUGGCGGGAGUUCCAAAUUCCGUUUGGGCAAAGGGUAAACGUGCUGUGGGCCUAAUAAAGAAUGCUGAACUAGUGGUGAUCACCCCCAAAUCAGAUUUCAGUCCUAAACAGACCCAGUACCCACUCAAACCAGAAGCAAUUGCAGGUAUAAAACCGGUCUUUGAUUCGUUGCUGAAGGCAGAUGUAAUUGUCCCUUGCCAGGACUCUCCAGUGCGCGCUCCUAUUUUUCCAGUUAAGAAGGCAAGAAAACCAUCCCAGCCCGAUGAGUGGAGGUUUGUCCAAGAUCUGCAAGCAGUCAAUGCUGCGGCUGUCCCGCACGUGCCUGACGUCCCUAAAGAGUACUCUGCAGACCACACCCACGUUGGGACUGCCUGACCCCAAUAAACCAUUUGUUCAAACUGUAGAUGAAAAGAAGGGUUUUAUGACCUCUGUUCUUUUGCAUAAACACGGGGAUAGAUUGAGACCUGUAACCUACUUCUCCAGCAGGCUGGAUCCAGUGGCGGCUGGACUUCCUGUUUGCCUGCGUGCAGUUGCUGCAGCUGAAAAGGCGGUAACUGCUUCCAGAAAUAUUGUGGGGUAUUCUAACCUCACCUUUUGGUCCCACAUGCUGUCUCCCUGCUUCUGUUGGAGAAAAGACGUCACAUUUGUCAGCACAGAGAUGGUUGAAGGCAGACUUAAAGAGCGACCCUUUGGAAAAUCCAGACAUGAUCCUCUAUGUGGAUGGUUCAGCCUCCAGAGACGGGAAAGAACAAAGUAGGUUUUGCCAUAGUCUCAGAUCACGAGGUCCUCAAGGCGUCGUGUCUGCCCUCAAACCUGUCAGCACAGGCCGCAGAGCUCUGUGCCCUUAUCGAGACAUGCAAAUUGGCUGCAGGGUGAUCUGUCAAUAUUUUUACGUACAGUAGGUACACGUUUGGUGUUGUGCACAAUUUUGGCACUAUUUGGAAACACAGAAAUUUUCUCACUAGCACAGGAUCUCCCAUUGCACAUCAUAAACUGGUCUCUGAGUUGUUGGAUGCUGUUCUACUCCCUAGAGCCAUUGCUGUGUGUAAGUGUGCUGCCCAUACUAACAAUAUUGAUCUUGUGUCUCAAGGGAAUGCCAGGGCGGACGCGGCAGCUAAGUGUGCAGCCUCGGCUUUCAGUUCACCCUCUAACCUUGCCUUUCCUCAGGUUUCUACCCCUUGUUUACAGCUAGCGGACCUUCAGAGCACUGCCACCCAGGACGAGAGACGAGUAUGGAAACAGGCAGGCUGUAUCCUUGCAAACUCGGUCUGGGUUUGUCCCUCGGGCUGUCCCUGUCUACCAAAAUACAUGUUCCCUUUCUAUUCAAAAUUGGCACAUGGGCUCACCCAUGUGUCAAAAGGGGGGAUGGUAGCAGAAGUAACAAAGAGAUGGUUCACAGAGGGGUUUUCAAAUUAUGCUGCGAAAUUUUGCAAGCAAUGCUUGAUAUGUGCACAACAUAAUGCAGAUCAAGGUAUCAAACUAACUCAAGCAGCACACCCAAUACCAGACAAACCAUUUGAUCACCUCCAAAUGGACUUUAUUGAACUGACACCUAGUGAAGGGAAAAGGUACUCCCUGGUAAUAGUUGACAUGUUUUCAAAAUGGGUAGAAGUAUUCCCCACAGCUAAACAAGACUCAGAGGCGGUAGUCAAAGCACUCCUGAGAGAUGUAAUUCCUAGGUGGGGUAUACCUAGCAAAAUCUCAAGUGACAGUGGAACACCAUUUGUUAAUGCAGCCCUAAAGAAAAUAGGAGCAUUCCUAGGGAUAGACCUGAAACAACAUUGUGCCCAUCAUCCUGCCAGUGCAGGAGCAGUAGAGAGGGAAAAUGGGUCCCUUAAAAAUAAACUAAGCAAAGCUUGUGCAGAAACAGGGCUAGGAUGGACAAAGGUCCUCCCUGUAGUACUCACACAAAUGAGGAUGCAAACUAGGCCUAAACAUGGGUUAAGCCCAUUCGAAAUUCUGUUUGGACGAGUACCCAACAUGGGGAUAGGGCCAGCUCAAGGAACACUGCCAGACACCACACUGUGUGAUGAUGCAAUGUUGAAUUACUGUGCAAUGUUGUCCUCUGCUUUGAAAUCUAUCCACAAACAGGUAAAGAAGCACUUCCCAAACCCGCUGAGGGACCUCUGCACGAUCUACAACCAGGGGAUUAGAUCGUGGUAAAGGACUUCCAACAAACCAAGUGGAACAAGCCACGGUGGAAUAGCCCAUUCCAGGUCCUGCUCACGACCCCAACGGCAGUGAAGGUCACAGGCAGAGUGACAUGGAUCCACGCUAGCCACUGCAGGAGGGUUCCUGAACCGGCUGAGCAGGAGGAAAAGGAAGGCCUAAGUGACCAGACGCUGACUAAAGCUUGUGAGGAAGAAAGGCAUCACUGCAUGGAACAGUGCGAGUAUCACAUCAAUCAUGCACGCACCCUCAAUAGGGAAGAGUAUUUCAGUGUCUAGCUGAUAGAUAAGUCUAGGGUUUUGAGUUUCCUCCAAGUCCCGGUGAGGUGGGACGAGGGCUGAUAGGGCGUGCCCGCCCUCUGAGCACCAAUACACGUCAAGAAGGGCAAGGGUUAACUCGGUAACAUCAUUGAGGCACUGAACAAGAUGCGCAAGGUUGCUGAACAAUCACAAGCAGAUGAACAUGGAGGAGUUGAAGACAGCUGAUCGUGUUAGUUCAGUGGAUGGAAGACUCUGAUUCUAUCCACCGUACCGGUCCUGGGCUUAGCGAUUGUGAUGUUAUGUUUGCUCCCUGUUUUCUGUCAAUGUUGUAUGUCUGUGUUUCAGAGGCAGCUGACAAAUAUUGGUUACCAGAUGGUGAAAAUAGACUCUGAUGACUUGCCUGACUGGCCUCCAAACUCACACGAAGACUAUAACCCACCGUUCGAUGACAUCAGCACAGUUGACAUGAAACUAGUCCUGACUUAAAACACUUUCAUUAUGAUUGUUUCCUGUUCUGUUAUUCCUGAUCUAUGUAUAUGGCUUGCUAGCAUUUAUUUAAGAUGUCUAUGUCUUAUAAAAACAGCUUUAGCAUUAUCCCUGUACACUCAAUGACGUGUUAAGUCGAAUCUCUCUGAGAACUCUUAUCACUGAAACUGUGUACAGUUCUUUUCUUUCCUUUUAGUAAUUUAUCCUAUAGGAUAAAAAGGGGGGAAUGUGAGGGAAUUUUUAAUGGAUGAACAUUAUUAUUCUCUGUGUUUCUGUGUGUUGAGCUCAAGUGACCUAUACUGAGAAAGAUGUUUUUUUCCUGUUGUAAUCGCUUUUCUGUGGCCUUGGUGGUAAUGAGCAGGGUGCUUGAGUUCAUCCUAGCUUGCAUCUUCUCAUGAUGUAACCACCUUUCCUGACCUUGGUGGUGAUAAGCAGGGUGCCUGAGUUCUCAUAACUACGCAUCUGCCCGCACGCCAGGUGCACGCUCUAACAAAGCUUCAUAGAAAAUCUUGAGCCAAUCACAUGAAGACACAAGCAGUGAGCGAAUGCUUUCAGAGUAUAAUAGAUAACAUUCCUAAAACACAACUCAGAGUGCGCGUACUCUCGGCAUCAUCAGAAGUGAUGUCUUCUUCUAUUCUUCUCUUUCCUUUCCUAUUUUAUAUAUCUUUAUAUGAUCUACUAUAAUAA